AAUCAUUCCCCACCUCUCAAAGUCGGAAAAUUAUUAGGAAAUCCAUCAAAAUUUCAGCAAACUCCCGACCCCGCCCUCCUCCCCAAGUGCGAAUGGCUAUCCACUUAAACACCAUUUCUCAAACCACAAUCACUCGAUCCCACUACCACACUCACAAGUUCUUCCUCUUCUGCAACUACAUCCUUCUUGGUGCAGCCUCUAGCUGCAUUUUCCUCACACUUUCUCUGCGCUUAUUCCCUUCCCUCUUUGGCUUCUUCUUGAUUCUCCUUCACGUCUCAACCAUAGCAGGGGCAGUGUCCGGCUACGCCGCCGCCUCUUCGGGGACUAACAGAUGGUAUGCAGCCCACAUGGUGGCGACCGUGUUGACAGCAAUAUUUCAAGGAUCAGUGUCAGUUUUGAUCUUCACGAGGACAAGUGAUUUUCUUGGUAAUUUGAAGUCUUACGUGAGGGAAGAUGAUGGCGCAGUGAUCUUGAAGCUGGCUGGUGGGCUUUGUGCGCUCAUCUUUUGCUUGGAGUGGGUGGUUUUAACACUUGCUUUCUUCUUGAAGUGCUAUGCAUAUGUGGGAGGUGAUGUUAAUGGGAAUUCUACAGCUAUGAAGAUGAGUGCAAAAGUGCAACAGGAUGAGGAUUUGAAGGACUGGCCAUGGCCUUUCCAAGUCUAAAUUCUAUAUUGAUGAUGGCAUGGUAAUUAGUGCCUGCUGUGCUGCUGAAAUUUGUUUUCGCUUUUCUAUUCAUUUUAUGGGAGGUCUUGUUUUGGGUUGUCUUUGUUGUUUCAAUUCAUGUGCUUUCGAUUCCUUAAUAUAUUUGUAUUAAUGGUCCUAAUCAAAGGAGGACAUGGAAUGAAAACGCUAAUGAUAUUGAUUAGCUAUUAAAA